GUAAAAGCCGCGCCGAGCACAGCCGAGCUGAGUCGAACCCAGCCGAGGAGAGCAUCUCCUGCCGCCACCGCCCAGCGCCCCGGGCGCCCGCCCCCCUCCGGCUCCAGCGCCUUGCAGCGGGCCAAACCUCCCGACCAUGCCUCGUGCCCCACCUGCUUCUACGACCCCCCAGUCCGGCGUAAACUCGAAUACCUGCAGUCGUCUUAUCUCCGCACUAGGCAUGCAGUAAAGGCUGAAAAUCUGGGUCACAGCUGAGGAAGACCUCAGACAUGGAGUCCAGGAUGUGGCCUGCUCUGCUGCUGUCCCAUGUCCUUCCUCUCUGGCCACUGCUGUUACUGCCCCUCCCACCGCCUGCUCAGGGCUCCUCCUCCUCCCCUCGAACCCCACCAGCCCCUGCCCGCCCCCCAUGUGCCCGGGGUGGCCCCUCAGCUCCACGACAUGUGUGCAUUUGGGAGCGGGCACCUCCACCAAGUCGGUCCCCUCGGGUACCAAGAUUACGUCGGCAAAUUCUGCCAGGCACUGCGCCCCCUGCCACCCCAUCAGGCUUUGAGGAGGGACCUCCCUCAUCUCAGUAUCCCUGGGCUAUUGUGUGGGGCCCCACAGUGUCUCGAGAGGAUGGGGGGGACCCCAACUCAGUCAAUCCUGGAUUUUUGCCCCUGGACUAUGGUUUUGCAGCCCCCCAUGGGCUGGCUACUCCACAUCCCAACUCAGACUCCAUGCGGGAUGAUGGAGAUGGGCUCAUCCUUGGAGAAACACCUGCUACCCUGAGGCCAUUCCUGUGGGGGCAUGGAGAAGGCCUCCCUACAACUUUCUCCCCACCCCAAUCAGGUGUGGACCCCCAGCUCUAUGUCACAAUCACAAUCUCCAUCAUCAUUGUUCUUGUGGCUACUGGCAUCAUCUUCAAGUUUUGCUGGGACCGCAGCCAGAAGCGGCGCAGACCUUCCGGGCAGCAAGGUGCCCUAAGGCAGGAGGAGAGCCAGCAGCCACUGACGGACCUGUCCCCAGCUGGAGUCACUGUGCUGGGGGCCUUCGGGGAUUCGCCCACCCCCACCCCUGACCAUGAGGAGCCCCGAGGGGGACCCCGGCUUGGGAUGCCCCAGCCCAAGGGGGCUCCAGCCUUCCAGUUGAACCGGAUUCCCCUGGUGAAUCUGUGAUGCCCCCCGCAUGUUGGGGUGCUGCCAAGCAGGAGGCCAAGGGGCCUGCAUAGCCGCCAUCCACUGAGGGUGGGGCAGCUGGGGCCACAGGGGCUCCGGGCUCCUGCCCUUGCACACCACCUGGAACACUCACUGGCCCUAUGGGCAAGCAUACCUGCCCACCCUCCUGCAGUUGGGGGUUUCACAUACUUGUGACUUUGGGUCCCCCAUCCCUACUCUCGCACACUCACAUGAAAGCCUUGCACAUUCACCUCCACCCUCAUAGGCCACUGCACAUACUCAUGCUCCUUAUGGCCACUCUUCUGUACCCUCUCCCCAUCCACAUCUCUUUGCUCAGCUGACUGCUCACACUCUCCCUCUUGUUUCACAUUUUCUCUCUCCCUCCUUGGCUCAGUCACUGCUGAGUCCAUGUUUCAUGCACACCUCACCUCUCCUGAGCAUUUCUGGCCCAAUGUUGUGGCUUAGUGUUGCGUACUCACUCUCUGCUCAUGCCCACUGGUCUAGUUUUUGUGGCCCCUGCAUGCUGCCCAAGAGGUGGGUGGGAAGUGAGCUGGGGGCUCCUCAUGCCCUCAUCUGUCAUGGCCCCAUCCCAUUCCAUGUAAUGAGUUUCACUGUCUUCUCAUACCACUCCAAGGGCGCUGGUAUUACCCGGAGGGCUCCCCUACAGGAAAGUGGGUAGUGAAGCCCCACUGCUAAUUCUGUUAUCUGAGAGAUGGAUUUUGGGGAGUUGCCUGCUGCACUACAUGAGAAAGGGACUCCCAGUUGCCCUUCCCUCCCUCCCAAGUCCCUUUUGUCUUGUCUGUCCUGGCUCUGUGUGUGUGUGUGUGUGUGCAUGCGCGCGCGCACGCGCAUGUGCCUCUCUGAAAUUCAGAGCCCCAGAGCCAGUUCUCCACUUCCCAGCCUCUCAUAGGGCCUCCCUCACUCCACCUAGGCUGCCAGGGACUGGAGCCAGCUGGUUCAAGGCCAUCCGGAGCUCUGCCUCCACAUCUACCCUUUCCUCUCCUUUCCUCCCUCCUUCAUUUUUCUCCUUUUACCUUCUGCCCUCUCCCUCUCCUCAGGUCCUUCCCUACUUCCACCAGUUUUUCCAUCUACCUUCUUCCCCUCUUACCUGGCUCCUAUGCUGUGAUAUAUAUUUUUGUAUUAUCUCUUUCUUCUUGUGGUGAUAAUCUUGAAUUCUUGUGGGAUGUAAGUUUCAAAAUUUUCAAAUAAAGCCUUUGCAAGAUACUUGAA